AUGUCAAGGCUGUCACGGACCCCUUGCAACUCCCUCCACUUUCCUCUCCUCCCUUUCUUCCUGUUGUUGUCGUUGACAGGGCUCAUACCCGUGCAUGCGAAAAAUACCGUCACUUUGCCCGUCGGAAGCAUUACGGCACCUACUCCCUUGCCCAGGACGUAUUCUUACGAGAUGAGUGUAACUCAAACUCAAGUCAGUCCUUCAGGCAGUUUAAGCCAACCCAACAAUUCAAGGUCUCUCUCCAGUCGAAGCAUUCCAAACAAUCCCAGCAUCUCCAUAAGCGUGAGUACAACUAUGACCCAAGAGCAUAGCGUCUCCGUUUCCGAGAGCAGUCACCACCAGAUAACUCCAGUGCACGUGACAGCACUAGAUUUGGAGACGGAUCUGAAAACUUACUCGAAGUUAAUUAAGACCAUCAGCGAAUUAACAUGGAUUUCACACAGUAACAUGGUGGUAAUUUCAUAUGACCUGAACUUGCGGUUUGGGGACGAUGAUAGUGACGAAAUUGAUGGCGAGGAAGGUGUCUAUCGUCGUGUGACCCUGGGGUUUGCGACGCGGGAAGAUGCGUCUACCACAAAACGUGCGGUUUUGAAGGAAUCAAUUCCAAACGUGCGCCUUCACACCCGAACGAAAACCGAUGAAACUGGUGGUUUGACAAAAACUCAGAAAGUUAUUCUUGGCUGUGCGCUGGGUAUCGGGUUACCGCUUAUUCUCGCCAUUGUUGGCGCCACGUACUUUUUAAUCCGGUACCACUCGCAUUUUGAUAAAGAAGUCGGAGAUUUGCGUACGGGGAAAAAGGGAAAUACGGUGAUCGACUUGGAUUAUAAUGCGGUGAGGAUGGCACCAGCGAAUACGACGGCACCGACGGUACCCAUCAAGCAGAAGAAUUCCAGCAAGCCUCUAGAGGAUCUCUUGUAA